AUGGCUCUGAUGGUGCUUGCUCCGUUGCUUCUUCCUCCUCCCCAGAAGCCGCCGCCGCGACUUGGUUCUCUUCCAGAUCUCCCGACUGUGGUUUCUCCUCCCGUCCUCCCAACCCUCCCGACUAUUUCGACACACCGGAUUUGUCAUUUUCUCGCUGUCGAUUCUUCAUCCGUGUAA